AAGGGUUUGUUGUGGAGGUAUGUCAGCUGGGCUGUGAAGCAGCAGCAGCAGAAGAAGAAGAAGAAGAAGAAGAAGAAGAAGAAGAAACGGGCCAAAGAGUUUUUUACUGAAACGUGUUUAAAACCUGAAAUCUUCCUGUUUCCGGUUCUGAGUCAAAAUCUGACGUUUGUGACGCUUCCGGUCAAAUUCACCUCAAACUGUCGUUGACGAGUCUGAGAUCGAAUCAGUUCAGGAUCCACAGCUCGUCAUCAGACUGAUGGCGUGGUGGUGGUCUCUGGUCCACUGUCUCCUCCUUGCUUCGUCCUCCGCUCACAAUGACUUCUUCACCUCCAUCGGUCAGAUGACCGACCUGCUGUUCACGGAGAAGGACCUGGUCACGUCCCUGAAGGACUACAUCCGAGCGGAGGAGGACAAACUGGAGCAAAUCAAAAAAUGGACUCAUAAACUAGACGUCCUCUCAGCUGCUGCCACUCAGGACCCUGAAGGCUUCCUGGGACACCCGGUGAACGCCUUCAAGCUGAUGAAGAGACUCAACACUGAGUGGGCGGAGCUGGAGAGUCUGGUGCUGAUGGACGUGUCUGAUGCCUUCAUCUCUAACCUCACCAUCCAGAGGCAACACUUCCCAAACGAUGACGAUCAGACGGGAGCUGCCAAAGCUCUGAUGAGGCUCCAGGACACGUACCAGCUGGACACCGACACCAUCUCCACCGGGGAGCUGCCAGGCUCGUCCUCGGCCACGUGGCACCAGAGUCGUCUGACGGUGGACGACUGCUACGACCUCGGGAAGGUGGCGUACUCGGAGGCGGACUAUUACCACACAGAGGUGUGGAUGGUCCAGGCCCUGAAGCAGCUGGACCAGGGAGAGACGUCCAGCGCGAUGGACGCCGUCACCAUCCUGGACUACCUGAGCUUCUCAGUGUACCAGCAGGGGGAGCUGGAGAGGGCGCUGGAGUUCACCAAGAGGCUGCUGGAGCUCGAUGCGACGCACCAGAGAGCAAACGGGAACCUGAAGUACUUCGAGUACCAGCUUUCCAAGCAGAAGAAGAUGGAGGAGGCCGAGGGGAGGCAGACGAGGGAGACGAGGGUUCCACCUGACGAUUACCUGCCGGAGAGGAAGAGCUACGAGCAGCUGUGUCGAGGCGAAGGCAUCAGGAUGACGCCGCGCAGGCAGAGCCGCCUCUUCUGCCGUUACUACGACAACAACCGCCACCCGAGGUAUGUAAUUGGUCCGGUGAAGCAGGAAGACGAGUGGGACCACCCCCGCAUCGUACGCUAUCACGACAUCGUGUCGGACAAAGAGAUGCAGAAGGUGAAGGAGCUGGCGAAACCCAGGCUGCGUCGAGCCACCAUCUCCAACCCAGUCACCGGCGUUCUGGAGACGGCCCACUACCGCAUCAGUAAGAGCGCCUGGCUCGGAGCCCACGAACAUCCAGUGGUCGACCAGAUCAACCAGAGGAUCCAGGACAUCACGGGUCUGGACGUCUCCACGGCCGAGGACCUGCAGGUGGCCAACUAUGGUGUCGGGGGACAGUACGAGCCUCAUUUUGACUUUGGACGGAAGGACGAACCGGACGCGUUCGAGGAGCUGGGCACAGGAAACCGAAUCGCUACGUGGCUUCUUUACAUGAGCGACGUGCAGGCAGGGGGCGCCACAGUCUUCACUGAUGUCCGAGCUUCCAUCUGGCCCAAGAAGGGGACGGCAGUGUUCUGGUACAAUCUGUUCCCCAGCGGUGACGGAGACUAUCGGACCCGACACGCCGCCUGUCCGGUGCUCGUUGGAAACAAGUGGGUGUCUAAUAAAUGGAUCCAUGAACGAGGACAGGAGUUCAGGAGACGCUGUGGCCUUCAGGAGACGGACUGACGACUCGUCCUCCUCGUCCUCUGGCUGCUGAGUCUGUGGCUGCACAUGUGAUCUGACACAUUUAUUUUUAUCUCAGUGCGAGAGCCUGUGGACGUGUGGUCGACUUUUAAAAAGCUCAUAGUCUCCAGAUCUUACAUCAUCAAAACAUUAAAGAAUUGAUGAUUAAGAUAAUAAUGUCUGCAGCUGUGAUCAGACAGGAAACUGUUUUAAUGUAAGUCCAUUAAUGACCCUUUAAUAAUAAGAGACUUUUAAAGAGAAUAUUUUAUCUUCAGUCUGUU